CUUACUGAAGGAAGGGACGGACUCCUCCCAGGGGAAGCCUCAGCUGAUCUCCAACAUCAAUGCCUGCGCUGCCGUUGUCGAUGCCAUCCGGACCACCCUUGGUCCACGUGGCAUGGACAAACUUAUUGUCGAUAAUAGAGGCAAAGCCUGCAUCAGCAAUGAUGGUGCAACAAUCAUGAAGCAGCUGGACAUUGUACAUCCAGCUGCCAAGACCCUGGUCGAUAUUGCAAAGUCACAGGAUGCUGAGGUUGGAGAUGGCACCACAACUGUUGUGCUUUUGACUGGUGAGCUCCUGCAACAGUGCAAGAACCUCAUUGAGGAAGGGGUCCACCCACAUGCCGUUGUCAGGGCUUUCAGAAAAGCUACAGGACUGGCUGUAGGCAAGAUUAAUGAGUGUGCUGUGAAGAUUAAUAAGCAAGACCCUGCUGAGCUCCGAUCCAUCCUUGAGAAGUGUGCUGGAACUUCCCUCAACAGCAAGCUCAUUCACCAACAGAAGGAUUUCUUUGCCAAAAUGGUUGUGGAUGCUGUUAUGUCCCUAGAUGAUCUCAUGCCCCUGGACAUGAUUGGUAUCAAGAAGGUGACUGGUGGUGCCCUUGAGGAUUCUCAGUUGGUUGAUGGUGUGGCUUUCAAAAAGACCUUCUCCUAUGCCGGUUUUGAGAUGCAGCCAAAACACUAUGAAAAGCCCAAGAUUGCUCUUCUCAACAUUGAACUUGAGCUGAAGGCUGAAAGGGAUAAUGCUGAGAUUCGUGUCGAUAGUGUAGAGGAAUACCAAAAAAUUGUUGACACGGAAUGGAACAUCCUUUAUGAGAAGCUUGACCUCAUUCAUAAGUCUGGUGCCAAGGUUGUGCUUUCCAAGCUUCCCAUUGGUGAUGUUGCCACUCAGUAUUUUGCUGACAGAGACAUGUUCUGUGCUGGCCGUGUAGUUGAAGAGGACUUGAAACGAACCAUGAAGGCUUGUGGAGGUGCCAUCAUGACCACAGCCCAUGACCUUAAUGAAUCAGUUCUUGGUACCUGCGAGAUCUUCGAGGAGAAGCAGAUCGGUGCAGAAAGGUUCAACUUGUUCAAAGGAUGUCCUCAGGCAAAGACCUGCACUAUUGUUUUGCGAGGUGGUGCUGAACAGUUCUUGGAAGAGACUGAAAGAUCUUUACAUGAUGCUAUCAUGAUUGUUCGGAGGGCACUGAAGCAUGAUGCUGUUGUUGCAGGUGGUGGUGCAAUUGAGCUCGAAGUAAGCAGACAUCUUCGUGAAUAUUCUCGUUCCAUUGCAAGCAAGGAGCAGCUGUUCUUGGCUGCAUAUGCAAAGGCUUUAGAAGUUGUUCCUCGUCAGCUUUGUGACAAUGCUGGUUUUGACUCAACAACUAUUCUGAACAAAUUAAGGGCAAGACAUGCUGAAGGUGGCAAGUGGUUUGGCGUUGAUGUCAUGAGCGAAGACAUUGCAGACAACUUCAUCGCGUGUGUGUGGGAGCCAGCGAUAGUUAAGAUCAAUGCUUUAACUGCAGCAUCUGAAGCAGCAUGCCUUAUCCUCUCCGUAGAUGAGACGAUCAAAUCCCCGCGGUCUUCACAUGACGCUCCUCAAGGUCCCAUGCCAGGCAGGGGACGUGGGCGCCCAAUGUAAACUGUGCAUUUAGUUGCUCCCCUGUGGUUUGUGAUGGAAGGAACGUGAAGCCUAUUAACAGGACACUAAUUUACUGGAAUGGCGAUUGAGUUCAUGCACAGUCUCGUCUAAUUAAAGUCAAUUCACUCUGUAACCAGUGAAAAUUAAAACGUGAAAGUACUGCUUACUAUAACUAAGUUAUCCUUUCUUCUUAUAAUAAAAUGCUUUAACUACUU